GGCCCGCCCCGGCCGGCCUCCCGGGCGGCCCUGUCAGUGUGGCGGCCGGCCGCGAGGUGCGCUGGUCCUGCAGCCGGGAGGCGGCUCGCGCGGCACACCCCCGGCCCUCCGCGCCCUACCUCAGCCCGGACAUGGCCCACGCGGCGGCGCGCUGCCCCAGCGGCCGCGGCUCCGGGGACGGCGAGACCGGCAAGCCCAGGAAGGUGGCGCUCAUCACGGGCAUCACCGGCCAGGACGGCUCCUACCUGGCCGAGUUCCUGCUGGAGAAGGGCUAUGAGGUCCACGGAAUUGUACGUCGAUCCAGUUCCUUCAAUACUGGCCGAAUCGAGCAUCUGUACAAGAACCCGCAGGCUCACAUCGAAGGAAACAUGAAGCUGCACUACGGCGACCUCACGGACAGCACCUGCCUCGUGAAAAUCAUCAACGAAGUGAAGCCGACCGAGAUCUACAACCUUGGCGCCCAGAGCCACGUCAAGAUUUCUUUUGACCUGGCUGAGUACACCGCGGACGUGGAUGGAGUGGGCACCUUGCGGCUUCUGGAUGCGGUGAAGACCUGUGGCCUGAUCGGCUCCGUGAGGUUCUACCAGGCCUCAACUAGCGAGCUGUACGGGAAGGUGCAGGAGACCCCGCAGAAGGAGACCACGCCUUUCUACCCCCGGUCGCCAUACGGGGCGGCGAAGCUCUACGCCUACUGGAUCGUGGUGAACUUCCGGGAGGCCUACAACCUCUUCGCGGUCAACGGCAUCCUCUUCAAUCACGAGAGCCCCAGGAGAGGAGCUAAUUUCGUUACUCGAAAAAUUAGCCGGUCAGUAGCUAAGAUUUACCUUGGACAAUUGGAAUGUUUCAGUUUGGGGAAUCUGGAUGCCAAGCGAGAUUGGGGCCACGCCAAGGACUACGUCGAGGCCAUGUGGCUGAUGCUGCAGAGUGACGAGCCCGAGGACUUCGUCAUAGCCACGGGGGAGGUGCACAGCGUCCGGGAAUUUGUCGAGAAGUCGUUUUUGCACAUCGGCAAGACCAUCGUGUGGGAAGGAAAGGACGAGCACGAAGUGGGCAGGUGCAAGGAGAGCGGCAGGGUGCACGUGAGGGUGGACCUCAAGUACUACCGCCCCACCGAAGUGGACUUUCUGCAGGGAGACUGCACCAAAGCCAAGCAGAAGCUCAACUGGAAGCCCCGGGUCGAUUUUGAUGAGCUGGUGAGGGAGAUGGUGGACGCCGACGUGGAGCUGAUGCGAACCAAUCCCAACGCCUGAGCGCCGCCGAGCAGACCUGCCACCGCCGCGAGGCUUGCAGCAGCAGGGGAAGAGCCCGGCUCUGCCCACUUCCCUUUUGUCCGGGUCGUCUCUGAUCAGUUUUAGAAAUCAAGAUGUUUUAAUCACAGAUUCACUGUUCUUGAAAUUAUGUCGCUGAGACAACUAAAAUUGUAGGGCUUUCACAUGAUUUUUCUUAUUAAAAACGGCCUUUCUCUGUUAA